AGCUGAAGAAAGGUGCUCUUAAAUAAAAAUUUCUCUUUCCAAGCUGACAAGAACAAAGCAAGAUCGCUGUGCCUGCUUCGAUAAUGGAGAGAAAAUCAAACAGGAGAGCAAAGGAAUCUGAAGAAAACCACAGCAACUUCGAGGGCUCUGAGCAAGACAAGGACUAUAAAACGUCUCUGAUUACUCUGAAUGUUGGUGGCUAUCUGUACAUCACGCAAAAACAAACACUAACCAAGUACCCAGAUUCUUUCCUCGAAGGUAUCAUCAACGGAAAAAUAAUGUGCCCGUUUGAUGCAGAUGGACAUUACUUCAUAGACAGAGAUGGACUCCUGUUCAGACACAUUCUGAACUUCCUACGAAAUGGAGAACUUCUUCUACCGGAAGGGUUUCGAGAAAAUCAACUUCUGGCACACGAAGCAGAUUUCUUUCAGCUGAAGGUUUUAUCGGAUGCAGUGAAAUCGAGGUGGGAGAAGGAGCAGCUCGCAUCUCGAGAGACCACUUUCCUGGAAAUAACUGACAGCCACGACCGCUCGCAGGGGCUCCGGAUCUUUUGUAACGCUCCUGAUUUCAUUGCAAAAAUAAAAUCCCGAAUCGUACUGGUGUCUAAAAGCAGGCUGGAUGGAUUUCCAGAGGAGUUUUCAGUCUCUUCGAAUAUAAUUCAAUUCAAAUACUUCAUAAAGUCUGAAAACGGUACGAGACUUGUGCUGAAGGAGGACAACACCUUCGUCUGCACCCUGGAAACUCUUAAGUUUGAGGCAAUUAUGAUGGCUUUAAAAUGUGGAUUCAGACUGCUGACCAGCCUGGAUUGUUCCAAAGGAUCUAUUGUUCACAGCGAUGCACUUCAUUUUAUCAAGUAAUUACAAAGGCAGAGGAAACAAGCAUGCA